ACAUGAUGGGACUCGCGCAUCCAGUCCGGCGUUGAUCUGACCAAUCCGUGCUCUUACACAUCAGCGCGUCAUGUGACGACCUCUGUGGCCCUGUACGCGGGAGUCGUUCAACGUGUGCUCCUGUAUACAGUAACUUCAUUCCAAAAUCUUAUUUCCUGGAUUUGUUUUGUGCUUUUCAGCGAGUCACGGAACAGAAAUUGAGCAGGUGCGAUGUUGAGCCCCAAGCUGCUGACCCUGGUGCUGGUGGUCCGGCCCGGCAAAGUACUGCUCGGCAUGAAGAAGAGAGGAUUUGGGGCUGGGAGGUGGAAUGGCUUCGGGGGCAAAGUUCAACAUGGAGAAACCAUUGAAGCUGCUGCACGGAGGGAACUGCAGGAAGAAUGUGGCCUCACGGUGGACGCUCUCGAGAAGGUCGGCAAUAUAAAAUUUGAAUUUGUGGGAGACACGCAGCUGCUCGACGUCCAUGUUUUCAGAGCUGAUGCUUACAAUGGAGAACCAGCAGAAUCGGAGGAAAUGAGGCCUCAGUGGUUCGAAUGUCACCAGAUUCCUUUCAGUCAAAUGUGGCCAGAUGACAUCCUGUGGUUCCCCCUGUUGCUCCAGAAGAAGAAAUUUGUCGGAUACUUCAAGUUUCAGGGUCAUGACGUGAUCCUAGGCCACAAGCUGGAGGAGGUGGAGGCGCUGUGAGAGGUGUGGGAGGGAGCGCGUUCCUGAGGACGUCUGAAUGAAAGCAUCAGCCUUCCAGAUUUCGCCUUUAAAUGUUGCUAUCGUUACAUCCUGCUCAGUGUUGUUCAGGAAUUAACAGGACCACUUUAACUGUUCAUGCAGAGUGUUCACAUGUAAAAUUACUGUAAGCUCAACUAAAUAGACAGAAUCAAAGCAGCAGUACACUGAAAGAAAUAUCCAUUCCGUCAUUUUAUUUUUCAAGAUAACUGAGUUAACACAAUUCGGUAAGGAUUUCCUGGAUAAAAUAUUUACAGUAUCAACAGUGAUCAUUUUAUUGGGUUUCAUAUUCUGUGCAAGUUGAGUCCCAUUACCUCAUAAACAAAUGUUUCACACUGUAUGCAAACAUUACAGUUUCUUCAUAAAAUAAAUGCUGGACUUUGUGCAUACUGGCAUCAUUCAACAGAGUCAGGUUGGUGUGUUUGAGAUCACGUUAGUUUGUGAUAUUUUGUGAGGUAACUUUCAAAACACGAGCCCAUAUGUGGCAAAAUGUCCCUUUAAUUUAAGUUUGAUUUGAUUAUUUUGUUCUAUGUUCUAAUAAACAUGUGUGCAGACACAA